GUAGAUGUCAGUAGAUGAAAUGAGGAUAACAAAACAGAACGCAUCUAUGUCUGGCUCCAGUUAUAAAGUUAAACCAAAAAUACAGUUUAAAGUAUCACGCAAAAAGUUAUGUCGUGCUAUGCAAAAACUAAAAAAGGUGCCGACAGUAACAGCACAAAACGAAAGCAACUCUUUCAGGUGCCAGGGUAGCAUUAUCAAACAACUAAGCACGUACGCAUAUGUGCAGCCCAUUGGUUGGAGGCAAAACUGGUUGGAACUGUUUAAAACAUCCAUCACACAGCACGAUUGGGACAUUUUUAUCAGAACCCUCCGACUAGCUUCCCAAGAUCAUAAAUUUUGUGGAUUAGAGAACGUUUUACGGAAUUCCUUCUUCGGUAUGCUCACACACCCAAUAUACAACGAUCAAAAGACAUUACGUUUGCUAUUGUACACUAUUGCGCCAUGUCGUAACGAGCAUGACAUCGAAUUUUGUAUUGAAACCAUUUUACGAUCGUUCGAUAGUGGACGAUCAGAGUAGUCUCUCCCCUGGCAUAACACAUAAGCGGAUUCAUCAUGUACACCUGACAUAUCGCUUUCCAAGCGAAAACGAAGAAAAAUGAAUUUGAAAUCAAAAAAAUGGGUGAGAUUUCAGAAACUGAAAUAUGCAGCUGAUUCCGGGAUGGAAAGGUCCAGCUGCUCGUCUCAGUUCAAUGCAUGUGAUAUCAUAUUUCUUCUGAAGCCACGCUAUGUAGAGUACAGAGGUACGAUGCCGAUGCCAUCUGUUUGGGAGGAAUAGGCAAACAACGUUCCAAUAGACUACGAUGAGGUUCGAAAGGGUCUGUGUGUAGACAGUGUGCUCUAUUUAAACUGUUGUCUAAUACACAAUAAAAAUAACACUGACAAUAAGGCUUCAAGCGGUCAUAAUUAAAAUAUAAAUAAGAUGGCCUUAAUUUUUAAAUCUUGCAAAAUUUAUUUCGAAAGCUUUCCGACGAGUGUACGCUUCUACAUAUGGAUAUGUGCUCCCAGAAAGAUUUUUUUCAAUUGUUUGGAAUAAGAAAUGAGACGAACGUAGCGUGGAACAUAAAUAAGCAGGCAAAGCUGUCAAACAGCAGAUGGCUUAUCCGUGAAACAACACGGAUAAUCGAGUUCGUACGUAAUUGUAAUGAAAAGUUCGUGCCGUUCGGAUGCAAAAGCUACGGUACUCAAAAAACUUCUCGUUCGAGCCGGUUUCCGUGUCGUUGGAUUGGAAAAAAAGUAUAAGCCACCUUAUUUAAAGUGCGAUAAUUGGAAACAAAACAAAAAUAUGUGUCGAGUGAAAUGAAUUGUGCGCAGUUUUAGUUGCAGAAAGCGUAGCAUACAGUGUGAUAAGAGCAGUAAGAUUUGUUGAUAAAACGUAUGGUAUGACGACGAACAGAAACAACCUAGACUAUCAGUUUCAAGCUGCAAGCGAAUAAAAAUACGAAGUGAAUAUCUUUUACGCCACUAAUCGAAGUAAAAGUAAACACACGGUUAUAUCUACAGACAAACCGCAUCGCGAUACAAAAACUGUUUGUGAACAUCGCGUAUAACAUGUUGCAAUAAUGCCCUACAAAUGGGAGCCACGAAAAGAGCAUGUAUUGGCAGAAGCAAUUCGGUCCAAGCAACUACACCUGUAGGGAACAAUCAAGAAACACAACAAAGUUUGAGAGUUGCUUCGGGGAAUCAGCAGCAAUUCAAUAAUCAUCGCGCAAGAAGAUUACGCUCUUCUAGUCAAUCGACUUCUUCGACGAGCUUGAACAGUAUAAACAAUAAUAGCAGUGGUAGCGCCAUCAGUAGUUCUUCUUGUAACAACACAGCAAACUGCACUGCAAGUCCGAGCAGUAGCGGCAACAGUAAUACAAGUACCAACAACAAUAUCACUACCUAUAACCAAAACAAUUGCAGUACAUUAAGACAACAACGCUAUCAUCCUCUUCAUACGAUCCGAUCUAGUACUUCUAGUACAAAUCCAACGGCUGUCAACACGGGGGGUUUAAUAUCACGAGUGUUCGAACAUAACAACAGUAGCGGCAGCAGUAAUAAUUCAUCGAACUGCACCAAUAUCACUGCAAAUACUACUCCUGGUACUGUUAUUACUACGACCAUUUCAUCCGUAGGCGAAUCUGCAAAUACUGCUAGUUGUACCGUGGUAACAGCAACAGGUGGCCAUUUUCGUCGUGCAUCCCCCGGUGACAAAAAAAUCCAUCCACAAAAUAAAAACGAUGAUAAGAUGGAUGAGAGAAAGCAACAACAGAAACCCCAUGUUAAACCACAUCAGCAGUCGCGUGAUGCAACUCCAACAACUUGUAAAACGCGAAAUCGAAAGGAUGAAGUUGGAGCAGCAGCUUUGGCCAUCAAUGAAACGUCACCAAAGAAACGCAAUACUGUCAGAAGUCACGGGAUGAUCUCAAAAGCGUCUCCCGUGACUACGGACAAAGAAGAAUAUAAGGUGGUCGAGCAAAUUGAAGAAUCCAAAUCAACCGUUCUUAAAGAGGCCAGCGAUGAUAUAGAAAAAUUGUGCGACUCGCAGGAAAAUGUGACACCUAUUGUGGGUGAUUAUUCUGCCGAGGAUAAUCACCCAGUCGAAAUGACGGCAAUGCUUACUAAAGAGGAAGCGAAAGAGGAUUUAGCAAAAUGCUACGACGAUAAUUCUAGCGCGGAAGCAAAAGAGACACGUCGAUCGAAAAUGCAAACUAAUGAUACUAGUAUAUACGGUGAUAUAAAUGAGAACGAUAUGAAAGAAAAUGAAAAGAAAGAGGUUCGUGAAAAAGACGCAAAAGAAAUCGAUGUAAAGAGUCGCCUAAAAGAUAUUGAGAAUUUGCAUUACGCCGAAGAAGGAAGCUCGCGCGGAUCAGAUAAUUCACAAAGUCGAACCAUUCUUCGGUUUGUGCGCAAAAGUCUUGAAAAUACGGCCAUGUCAGUAAUAUAUUCAAAAAACUUUAUCGAAAACGAAACAAUUGAGACGGAAUAUCCUCGAAAUCUGGACGACAAUAUUGAAAUUUUAAGUCGGGAAGCAGAAAAUUUAGCUCUCCAAUUUAAGCCUUCAGAAGAAAAGUUGGUGCAGUAUGGUCCAAUCUUCGAUCUAGAGAAAUUUGAGGAGCAACGUAAGCAGCAAAAGAAAGAAGACGAUGAAGAUGAAGCUAUUGGAAUAUCACCCUGUGGAAGGUUUCUUAAAUACGAUAAGGAGGUUGGUCGAGGAUCAUUCAAAACUGUAUAUCGUGGAUUAGAUACUCAAACCGGGGUAGCUGUUGCUUGGUGUGAAUUGUUGGAGAAGAAAGUAAAUCGUGUUGAACGAGCCAGAUUUCGAGAAGAAGCGGAAAUGCUUAAAAAAUUACAACACCCAAACAUCGUUCGAUUUUAUAACUAUUGGGAAGCGGCACCGACGGCUGGAAACAAGAAAAAAAAUAUUGUUCUCGUUACUGAGCUUAUGCUUUCCGGUACAUUAAAAUCAUAUUUGCGUCGAUUUAAAAAAAUUAAUCCAAAGGUGCUAAAGUCUUGGUGUCGGCAAAUUCUAAAGGGUUUGCAUUUCUUACAUUCACGCACGCCACCUAUCAUUCAUCGUGAUCUGAAAUGUGAUAAUAUAUUUAUAACCGGAACGACAGGGAGUGUCAAGAUAGGUGAUUUAGGAUUAGCCACGCUGAAAAAUCGUAGCUUUGCCAAGUCGGUUAUUGGUACGCCGGAAUUCAUGGCACCGGAAAUGUACGAGGAACAUUAUGACGAGGCCGUUGACGUGUACGCAUUCGGCAUGUGCAUGUUGGAGAUGGCUACUUCAGAGUAUCCAUACAAUGAAUGUAAUACACCAGCGCAAAUUUAUAAAAAAGUAACAUCAGGCGUGAAACCACAAAGUCUGGAAAAGGUCGAAAAUCCCGAAGUGCGAGAGAUCAUUGAACGAUGCAUACAUGAUAAGAAAGAAGGUCGUCCUACGUGUAAGGAAUUACUGAAUUGUGAAUUUUUUUGUGAAGACAUUGGUAUUCGCUUAGAGCCUAUAUCAAAAGAUCUUUUCUUAACUAACCCGGAAAAUGUGCGCAUGGAGUUUCGAUUGCGCAUCAUGGAUCCAAAGAAACGUGUUAAUAAACACAAAGAAAAUGAAGCCAUUCAAUUCGACUUUGACAUUCGUGUUGAUGAUGCUGAAGAAAUCGCUAAUGAAAUGUAUAAAUCUGGUAUAUUGAUGGAAGACGACUCCAAGACUGUAGCGAAGAUUCUCAAAGUUCAGAUUCAAACAUUGCUAAAAGAACGAGAAGAGAGAGCUCGGCAACAACAAGUAGAAAAAGACAAAGAAGCUCUCCAAAAACAAGCACUAAUUGCACAGCAAUUGUAUCAACAACAGCAAUUACAACAGCAAUUGGAAAAUGAUCUCCAAGUAACUGAACUUCAAGUACCGCAAAUGGCACAAUCGGUUCAACAACCACAGCAGCAGCUGGCUCAAGCACAUCAGGGAUAUUAUCAAGCAUCAUCGCUUCCAUCUGCGCAAACACAAGUAAUUUAUCAACAACAGAUUUCUGUUCCUGUGGGAAAUGAGCAAUUACAACAAACCUAUCAACAGCCAUCAGUUGGGGGUCAGUUUGUUAUAGGACAAGCUAUUCCAUUACAGCAGCCAAUGUCACAAGUUAUUCAGCAACAGCAGCACCAACAGUUCCUUAGUCAAAUUGUUUCGGGUCAACCAGCUCAGACUAAUCUUGCAACAACGCAACAAACAAACUUCAUGCAACAGCAAGUCUUUGUGGAUUCACAACAACAGCAACAUUAUCUCCUUCAGCUACAACAACAGCAAGCGACCCAUCAGAAUCAAUCUCAAGGCGCUAAUUUACAAUAUAUGAACCAAAUAGGAGCACAACAGCAGUUGGUGCAGCAAAUAUUACAUCUACAACAACAAAACUUUGCUAUGAUGCAACAACAGCAACAACAGGCCGAACUGCAGGAACAAAUUUCCACUCUUGAACAACAACUGCAGGGAAUCAUUCCUAUUCACAGUCAGCCAGCUCAAAAUAAUCAACAACAAUUGAAGCUGCAGGCGAUGCAACAGCCACAACAACAGCAACAGCCACAGCAACAGCCACAGCAACAGCCACAGCAGCAGCCACAGCAACAGCCACAGCAGCAGCAACAAACACAACAGUCACAGCAACAGGUUCAGCAACAAGCUCAGCAAAUGGUACAGCAAAAGCCCCAACAACAGGCACAACAACAAACCCCACAGCAAUCGCAGCAUCAUCAACAAAUGCAAGCGCAAAACGUUUAUAUACAACAACAAUCUCAACAAUCUACCAAUAAUCUUACACAUAACCCACCAUUGCAAAUACAGGCAAAUCAAAAUAUCUACAUGUCCCAACACGUAUGCGAUACAUCAGUGCAGUUACAUCAAACCAUGCCAAAUCAAAUUGUAACAUCACAACCACCACAACCGAGCUCUUCUACCACGAUUUUAGUGCAACAUCAAGUAGCUUCACAACAAUCCCCAUUAUCGCAACAACACUUUGUAAAGCAGCAAUCACCAUCUUUAAUAAAUCAGCAACAGCCACAGUCUCAGCAACCACAAAUUGCUCAAGCGACCCUAUUACAAAAUGCUCCGAUGGCGCAGCAAUCCUCCCCAAUCACAGCUAUAGUGCAGCAAACGAUUUCUAAGCCUUUUUCACAAGGUUCUUCUCAACAAGAAACUGAGGGCUCAUUGGUGCUUUCGAACACUGUUCCAGUUUCAUCGAAUGAGAAUAAUUCACAUCUUCAACAACAAUUACAAUACCAUCAGCAACAACAAGAACAGCAACAGUACUUACAUCAACAGCCUUCAAUUCAACAACAGAAUUUUCAGCAGCAACAGGUUGCUCAACAAAUGGCCCUUACUUCACAAGACGUUACACUGCUGCAUCAAACUGGGCCAUUAACAACAAAUGUUAAUGUUAGCGGGAUUAUCGGUGGACAACAAGGGUCCAAUACAGUUAUUUCGACCGGAACAUCAUCUAUAGGAAACCUGUUGUCAUCAGCUGGUUUACAAGAUCAGAAUAUAUCCGCAGCCGGUCCUGCCUCACAGGCUGCGCUACCAAAGCGAUUGACAAAUGAAAUGAAGAAACGCCGAAAUCAUCGUUCUACAGAACGAAAUCCGAAACUGCAUGUGCUUGGAUAUGAAAACAGUAUAAUUGAAUGCGAGAUGGAAAAUCGUCCUAAAACUAUUAAGUUUAAGUUCGAUCCGAGCAACGUUAACCCGGUCGAGGUGGCCCAAGAUCUAGUUAAACAAGAUCUUCUCAGUGAAUCACAGACAACAAUAUUCAUCGAAAUGGUUCGUGAUAUUCAAAGGCAACUAAAAGAAAAUCCAAAUCAACUACCAAUUGCUUCGCAAUGUUAUCGUCGUUCAAUGGAAAAGGUGCGCCAUGCGUCUCUAACACGACAGCGUACGAAUUUUAAAACACAUCAGAGACAUAGAUCUCGUGAUGAAACAUCGACUACUGCAGCACAUUUUACCCAUAUUUUCGACCCAACAAUCAUUGAUCGUCAGGCUCUUGGAGCAGGAAUAUCAAGUACAACCACAUCUUCAACAUCGUCUUCGCCGCUGUCUCAACAACAACUAAUCGCAUCUUUAAUUUCAACGCAAACGAACGGCGAAUUAACUUCCCUCGAAAAAACACAGCCAGGUGAUGGAAACAGUACUGAAAGCGCUGGCUUUGCACCUGUACUGCAGGACCAAGAACGUAAUAAUGAGAUGAUUUGUAAUAGUGACGACAACCAUCAAACAACUGUUACUACAGUCUGCAUGAUAACUGAUGAAAGCGCAAAUGAUAACAACAGUAGUUGCGAUGAAAACUCACGUAAAGCGAGUACUGUUAGUACAGAUUACACUUCGCAUGAAAACACACCGGAAAACACAAUCACUUCUGCAGGCAAUAUAGAUCUUGUACAGUCACGUUCAAGUAUCGGCGAACACGACAAUAUGAGCACAAUUUCAUGUUCUGGCGAACGUCAAAUGACCGCUUCCCUGGUUCUUAAUGAAGGAACUACUACUUCGGAAGAAAUCGAAACCACUACAGUAAUGGCAAAUCAGAUCGAAUUACCACAAGAGAGUAUUUCCACUUCAGAGUCAUCCAACAUAGCUGUGGCAGAGGAUCCAAUCAAUGGUGCUUUAUUUUCCACAGCCUUACGCAACCUUUCCGUGAUGGAAUCUUCUAGUCAAAAUAUGUGUCAGUUUUCGGCAUCCAGUGUAAAUAUUUCCGAAAAUAUUCAGACAAAUGAAUCGUUACAAGCUGGUGUUGAAACAGUGCUUCCAAUUGGUGAAAGUAAGGUUGAUUCGCCGUCUAACGAGUUGAUUAAAACACCAAUAGCGACUCCCCAGCUGAAAGAACGUAAGCUUUCGCGUUUUUCUGUUACCCCCGUAGUUUUGCCGGAUGUCGUUGAUGUAAACGAGCCGCAGAUCGACAAAUCAACCGUGGUAGACACUUCUAAGCCUAUGCUUCCUGACGCUGGAAUAGAAACUCAUACUGAUUGUGUGGAACCUUUAACAGAACAUCCGCAACAAACCUCAGAGAACGUACCACGUCAGCCUGGUUCUUUUGAAUAUGUUCCACAAGUUACGCCAACUCAACAACUGUUAAAUAUGGAAUCAGCGAAUCCCAUGUUUCCAAAUGCGUUAAACGAUGGCAUGCAACAUCAACAAGAAACGUUCCUUCAACAACAAUCACUGGACAUAGGAAACCAACAGCAACAAGCAUAUGCAAUUACUCAGCAAAUAUCGAACAGCUUCGAAGCACCUACGGUCCUGCAACAACAACUACAACAGCAAGUGCAAUAUCAGAUACAACAGCAGCAACAAUUACAACAACUAUCGAUUCAACAGGCCAUCCUCCAACAGCAGCAGAUACAGUAUCAGCAACAACAAGGAAAUAACUUGUUGGUAAACGAAGCUAAUCAAGCAAAUCUCACAGAAUGCGAUCAACAACAGCUACAGCAACUGCAGUUUCAGCAGCAGCAUCAAUAUCAUCAACAACUGCAGCAACAAGUUGUUUUUCAGAUGCAGCAACAGCAGCAACAAAUGAUACAGCAGCAACAAAUGCAACAGAAUCAGCAAAUGAGGCCUAUAGAACAGAGCAGUUUAAUAACUGCGCAGCUUUCGGUUGACCAGGGGUCUCGGGAAUCGAUGGCCAAUAGUAAUCGAAUGCCAGAAACGUUGGAGCAGCUCAAAAUAGGCUUAGAGAACAUAACGCACGUUCACGUGAACACGAAUAAAUCAAGCGGGUCAACGAGUCUAUCAUCGCAGGCCAGUGCCACUGCAUUGUCAGCGAUGGUUUCGCCUCACCCGGCUCCGUAUCCUUCCGAAUCGGGAUUAUCACAACAAUCGCAACAACAACAAUCGCAGCAAGUGGUAUUUUACCAAUCGCAAGAAUAUGUAUCGGAUGGAAAUGGCGCAUCGUCAACUGAUAUUAAUGAGAUCGGCACAACAGAUGGCACAGCUUCUAAAACUCAAGAAUAUAUAGUUGAAGGAACAAGCUACGCAGCAGUCGUGGCUGGCGAAUUAACAUCACAGUCUACGCAACAACAAAACAGUACAGUGCAUGAUGCAUCUAACGUCAGUUUACAGGAACAGUCACAGUUAUACGUUUCAAGACGGACAUCUGCAGAGCUUAACAGUACAUCUAUGAUGGCGCCAGACUCAUCAGAACCCUGUGCUUCGCAGCAAUCAGUUGUCGAAUCUAAUAUUAGCAUUGGUACGAAUAUCCCGUCUAAUCGCGAAAACCAACUAGCCAACCAAGGAAGUGUUGAUCGCAUCGAUAGUGUGUUAGACCUGCAACUGAAAUUGCUACAUCCUACAGUUGGAGCGGAAUCAUCUAAACCAGUCUCUGUGAGUGGAUCGGAUGAGCCGUCAUUGUCGCAACAAACUCAAUCUGUGGUGACAAGCCCAUGUGGUGAAACAGGUGGAGAAAUCAGGGUUCCAAAUGAACCAAGAGCAUUGAUACGUAAAGUUUCCCGUUUCCACGUUCAACCUGUUCUGGAAACACCGCAUGUAGUUGAUCAACAACCACAAGCAAUUAAUAUUCAGCUGAAAUCAGUCGUAACAAAACCUAAUGACAGUCAGGCAAAUACUUCAUUCUCUUCACCUUCACCAACGGAUGAAAAAUCCUGCCAAACCUUUCCAUCGCAAUAUCAACAAAACCAACAGAUGGCACCAAUUAUAUGUGAAGUUCCAACAACAAACGACCUGGAAGCGAAAUUGAAUCAAAUGCUCCCAAAAACUCCAAAUUUAGAUUCAACUACAUCGAGUUCCAUCAGCAUGAAUUCGCAAGGAAGCAUUCAACAAGUAGGUUUACCACCGACUUCUCUGAAGCAGUCGUAUGUUGGGGCAUCUUCAGCAAACGCUACAUCUACAAAAAACAUAUUGCAGCAGCAGCAUCCUUCACAAUCAAUAAACAUACAGCCACCAAUGCAAAUGAACGCACCAGCAGCUGCAAUGUCUGCAAAUCUCAACAAUAGCGUACAAACGGCAUCAAUGGAUAGCUCCAACUAUUCCAUCAGUUCUCAACAGUCUCAACAUCCUCAAUCCCUUACAGUAGCCUCACAACCACAACCGUCGCAACUUCCAUUAGAACCAAAUUUCAAUAAUUCAGAUAUUGGACAUAAUUUGAUCGCCAUCCAAAAUCACCUAUGCGGGCUGCAGUUAAUGCCAAGUGCUCGUCAACAACUACAAUUGUUGCUACAACGUCAGCAUAUAGAGCACGAGGAAUUAAAAUUGCGACAUUUUCUUGAGUUGGAAAAAUUUCUUAAGCAGCAAAAAGAGGAAAUGAAAUUACCUUCCGGUAUUGUUGCAUCGUCUGGACCGCAUUCAAACCAAACUCAGCAAAUUAUUUCAAGUCAUUCUUCAUCCCUAUCCGUUACCUCGAUAUCGACUUCUGCCCCCGAAAUGAUGACAGACGUUUCAUCGCCCACUAUGGCUGCAGUGAACAGGAUUGGAUAUGAGGUAAACAGUACAGAAAAUAUGCCCAUGACGACAGCAUCAUCUUACAGCACAGGCUGUAACACAGAUAGUGGAGCUGGCAGUGCCACGGACAUAGAGCAGGAUUUAGAGAACUUUAAUGCGACUGCUUCCAAUAGUGUAGAUGCGAAACCCAUGUUACAGCAGCAGCAGCAGCAGCAGUUCCAACAUCAGCUACCAAAUCAACAGUUUCAACAGUAGCAAAAAGUACACAGCAGUAAUACCGUAAAUAUAUGUAUCUAUAUGUAAGUAUUGUUUUGUGUAUCGGUCCAAUAAUUAUAUAGCUGAACGUGUGCGAGUUGCAAAAUGUAAACCAAUGAUUUUCGAUACUCUUUUAACUUAAAAUUACAUCUCGAAAAUGUUUUCUUUUGCUACGUUAUUGUAAAGAAGCCAAAAAUAAUAAGAUACCCAGUAUAAAGAUUAUUUACGCGAGAACGUUACACUUGUAGGAUACAACAGUGUAUUAGUUCGUUUCCUUGUUCCUGCAAACGAUGAUCGAUGGUACAGAGCACCUUUUUUCUGAAUUAUGCAACUAGGUUGCCCGGCUCUUCAAUUUACAUUUAUUUUAUCGAAACUAUAAUAAUGAAUAAACGGUUACAUUUGUUAUUUUUUGCACAUAAAUUUGCUUCGAUAUAUAUUGACAUAUGUAUACAUAAAAACCUGCUUGUGCUUAAAUGUUUAUUUCAAGCAUAUUGUACAAAUAUGCAGAUAUUUUUUAAUACCACAUUUUAUAUUAAGAACCUAGUUUGUGUGAUUAUCAUGGCAUAAAUAAUGCAACGCUUAGCUACCAUUAAUACGUUAAAGGUUUUUUUUAUUAUGGAUUUCGAGGAGACAGUAAGAAACAAAUUACUAUCGAGAAUUUUAGACUAUGACAUGCAAAUUAUAAAAAGGUUAAAAAUGCUGCACAAGAAACUGUGUGUGAUUGUAAAAUUAAAAUGCUGAAUUCUAAAUAUAUUACUGAACGUAUCACCUGAACGUAUUACUGAA